GGCCGUGGGCCAUGCCGGGGGCGGGCCCGGAGUUGCGGCGGGUGAGUCCGGUGGUGGCUGCUGUCCGGUCCUGCGCUGUCUGGACUGAGGUGGCGUCCCUGGGUCGGACGGCGGCGUCCUGGCGUGGCGGGAAGCCGGUACUAGAGCGGGAGCGCACUGGGCGCGGGACCGGGAGGCGCAGGGACCGGACGGCUCCCGGGUCGCCCACCUGAAGCUGGUGAGAGGGCGGCGCCCCUCCGGGCAGAGCCGCCCCGGCCACUCCCCUGGGAUCUGACUUGGCUCCUGCGGUCCCGGGCGCCUCGAAGCCCUGGGGCGUGCGUGGCUCCUGCUGGUAGGCGCCUUGUCCCCGUGUCCGGCUUGGGGUGGUGGUUGCGGUGACUUCAACCCCGCAUCUCCCUGGAGAGGAGGUCUCCACUCGCUCCUUCGGCCUCCUCCCCUGGGGCCUCAGCGACUCAGGCCGGCUUCCUGGUUCCCUACCUGCCGGCGGGUCCCGACGCUGGCGGGCGGUGCUGCUGGCUAGAAGAGGUCUUCAGUUCCCAGAAGAGCCAAAGCGUCUCUGGACCCAGGUGGGAAAAGAACUGGCUGUGACCUUUGCCCUGACCUGGAAGAGCGCAGCCUUGGGCUGAAUGGCAGCACCCACGCCCGGCCAUCCGGUGCUGACCCACCUGCUGGUGGCUCUCUUCGGCAUGGGCUCCUGGGCUGCGGUCAAUGGGAUCUGGGUGGAGCUACCUGUGGUGGUCAAAGAGCUUCCGGAGGGUUGGAGCCUCCCCUCCUACGUCUCUGUGCUUGUGGCGCUGGGGAACCUGGGUCUGCUGGUGGUGACCCUUUGGAGGCGACUGGCCCCAGGAAAGGGCGAGCGGGUCCCCAUCCGGGUGGUGCAGGUGCUGAGCAUGGUGGGCACAGCCCUCUUGGCCUUUCUGUGGCACCACGUGGUCCCAGUGGCAGGACAGUCGCAUUCCGUGGCCUUCCUAGCACUGGCCUUUGUGCUGGCGCUGGCAUGCUGUGCCUCUAAUGUCACUUUCCUGCCCUUCCUGAGCCACCUGCCACCUCACUUCUUACGAUCAUUCUUCCUGGGUCAAGGCCUGAGUGCCCUGCUGCCCUGCGUGCUGGCCCUAGUGCAGGGUGUGGGCCGCCUUGAGUGCCCGCCAGCCCCCAUCAACGGCACCCCUGGCCCCCCGCUCCACUUCCUUGAGCGUUUUUCCGCCAGCACCUUCUUCUGGGCACUGACUGCCCUUCUGGUUGCUUCAGCUGCUGCCUUUCAGGGUCUCCUGCUGCUGUUGCCACCACCAUCUGUACCCACAGGGGGCUUAGGAUCAGGCCUCCAGGUGGGAGCCCCAGGAGCAGAGGAAGAGGUGGAAGAGGCCUCACCAUUGCAAGAGCCACCAAGCCAGGCAGCAGGCACCACCCCUGGUCCAGACCCUAAGACCUAUCAGCUUCUCUCAGCCCACAGUGCCUGCCUGCUGGGCCUGUUGGCCGCCACCAAUGCACUGACCAACGGCGUGCUACCUGCUGUGCAGAGCUUUUCCUGCUUACCCUACGGGCGUCUGGCCUACCACCUGGCUGUGGUGCUGGGCAGUGCUGCCAAUCCCCUGGCCUGCUUCCUGGCCAUGGGUGUGCUGUGCAGAUCCUUGGCAGGGCUGGGCGGUCUCUCUCUGCUGGGCGUGCUCUUUGGGGGCUACCUGAUGGCGCUGGCAGUCCUGAGCCCCUGCCCGCCCCUGGUGGGCACCUCGGCAGGGGUGGUCCUCGUGGUGAGCACAGGGGACGAGAAGUGGGGCGGGGCAUUGCCGCGGAUCAGGCACAUCUCACGCUCAGCUGCUUCUGUGACCCCUCAGGUGCUGUCGUGGGUGCUGUGUCUUGGCGUUUUCUCCUACGUGAAAGUGGCAGCCAGCUCCCUGCUGCAUGGCGGGGGCCGGCCGGCAUUGCUGGCAGCCGGUAUGGCCAUCCAGGUGGGCUCUCUGCUCGGCGCUGUUGCUAUGUUCCCCCCCACCAGCAUCUAUCACGUGUUCCACAGCAGAAAGGACUGUGCAGACCCCUGUGACUCCUGAGCCUGGGCAGGUGAGGACCCCGCUCCCCGACGCCUGUCUCCCUCAAUGCUGCCACCAUGCCUGAGUGCCUGCAGCCCAGGAGGCCUGCGCACCGCUACACUCGUGGACACCUACACACUCCAUAGGAGACCCUGGCUCUCCGGGGCGGGGGCAAAGGGCAGGGAGCAGGCUUGGAGCCAGGGAGCGGUGGGGGCUAUAGGGUAAGCCCCUGAGUCUAGGACCUACCUGUGGUUUGCAUAAUAAAACAUUUUUAUUUAA